CCAUGGCGGCGCUGGCGGCGGAGAGCAGCAGCGGGGCGCGGUGGGCCAUGAGGCGGUUGGCGGCGGCGAGGGGCUUGUUCACGUGCACGGCGCUCAACGGCGGCAUCUCGGCAGCAGCCAUAUCUAUUCUACAAACUGGUAGCGAGUAGCGAGUACUUUUCAGGAAAUUACUUUUAAUUUACUGCUACUUAUUCUUUCUUCUAAACUAGCUAGGCCAAGGCUGAAUGGGAAAUUUGACUUGGGACAGAAGUGAUUGAAAUAGCAAUAACUAUAGAGAUGCUGGUUUAAUGCACAAUAAACACUGCUUGUGAUAAAACAUGCACAAUAAACCCAUCAUCAUCAUCUUGCUCUUCCCCCUCUUGCUCCAUCCGUAUAUAAGCACUCAGAUUUCGAAUUCCUCCUCCUACUCUUCCCCCCCGUGUCGUCCCCACCCCCACCCCCACCCUGCUUGAUCCCUCCGUGCUCCGCGUCGAGCCUUCCACCCGCUGUUCCAGCUCCAGAUCCCCAAUCAUCUUCGUCCGAUCCGUCCCCGUCCCGAUCUAUCUGGUAGCCUCAAACAAUUAGUCCGCGGCGCGGUGGCGUGUUGCCGUGCAGGGGAUGGCCACCUUCGAGCUCUACCGGAGGUCCACCAUCGGCACCUGCCUCACCGAGACGCUGGACGACCUCGUCUCCAGCGGGGCCGUCAGCCCCGAGCUCGCCAUUCAAGUCCUUGUGCAGUUCGACAAGUCCAUGACGCAAGCGCUGGAGAGUCAGGUCAAGAGCAAGGUUAACAUCAAGGGUCAUCUGCACACCUACAGGUUCUGUGACAAUGUCUGGACCUUCAUUUUAACUGAUGCAACCUUCAGGAGUGAGGAGAUCUCAGAAACACUAAGCAAGGUGAAGAUCGUGGCCUGCGAUUCCAAGUUGCUGCAGCCUCAACAAUAAAUUAACAAGCCGCCUGCUCCAUUGCGAUCCCCAUCCAGUUUAUCGCACUUCUAUUCAUGCUAGACCUGGUGCCGCCCAAACUUUCCUAGUUCAUGUGAAUUUGCCUCCUCUACAAUUUGUUUGUGUUAUAAUCUAAACAAUUGAUGGUGAUACCAGACUAGAGUAUCAUGACUGCCCACUUGUUACCCAUACUGCUUAUGGAAUGUGGUUUCUUUCUUUUCUUGUUCUA